CCAUCAGCGGGGGAGGGUUGCAUGGGGAGUGUCAAUAAAGACGGUAUUAGUUCACCCUGAUCGCGGUCGGUGGAUACGUGUUGGCUGGAGUUCCCCGAGUCGUGACUUGCUGGAUUCUUGUCAUUUCCUCCACUUGACCCGUCGAGAGCGUCCGCACCGCCGCGCUGGGCGGCACUGUGUCCUGUCUCACCCAGGUGUUGUGGCGCGGCUCGGAGCGCCGAGGAGUGUGCAUGAGUGUGGGCAGUGACGAACAAGACUCAGCCAGGCGAGGCACGAGAUGCUGUACCCGGGAACGCAAGGCAGUGAUAGUUAUAUCAACAGUUGUCAGUGUUUGAAUAGCGUUUCAUGACUUGAGCAGUGAGUUCAUCAUUAACGCCACGCAGCCGAGGCGGAGCCGGAUCGUGUGGAGAUGAGCGAGGCGCAUGGCGGGGUCGGGACGCGAUCCCACGCCCGCAGCGCCUCGCAUGGCGGGAUUAUGCUCACCCGCGAUGCAGGUGGCGGGCAUGGGGGGGCGAUGCCGGCGGCCGCGACAGGGCCGGCAAUGGCAGCGACAGCGGACGGCAGUGGAGGACCAGGGCGGGGACACCAGCGCACAUUCUCCCAUGGUUACCUGGUGGAGGGAGGGCGCGGCCACCGACGGAUGGCCUCCAAGACUGAGUUCAUCCUGCCGGCGGGAUACGAACAGCGGGAGCGGGAACGAGAGCGUGAGCGAGCAGAGUCCGGGACGGGGUCAGGCCUGAAGAAGGGCCACACCCGCCAAGCAUCCCAUACCGACAGCGUGUACACCAUCAGACAGAACAAGCCCUCGCUGCUCAGGAGACUCAUGUUCUGGAAGAAGGGCUCGGAGGAAGGACGGACGCGGCUGGUGCGCCCUAACCACGAGAUCUCGGCCGGGGACAUCAACCCCAACGAAAUCUUCCCCGACAACUCCAUCUGCACCACCAAGUACACGGUGCUCUCCUUCCUGCCCAAGAACCUGUUUGAACAGUUCCACAGGUUCGCCAACUUGUACUUCCUGUUCAUCGUGCUGUUGAAUUUCGUGCCUGCGGUGAACGCGUUCGGCAAGGAGGUGGCCAUGCUGCCGCUCAUCUUCGUGCUGGGCAUUACCGCUAUCAAAGACGCCUUUGAGGACUACCGCCGCUACAAGUCAGACCUCAGAGUGAACAACGCCACCUGCCGAGUCUACACCAGGGACCAGAACCGCUAUGUCAAGAGGCUGUGGAGUGAUGUUCGAGUGGGAGAUGUGAUCCACCUGUCCUGCAACGAGGUUAUCCCAGCAGACAUGGUGGUGCUGAAUUCCUCGGAUGAACAUGGUAUCUGCUUCAUCGAGUCAUCAAACCUGGAUGGGGAGAGUAACCUGAAGCAGCGGCAGAGUGUGAAGGGCCUCAACCUUGGCUUGCAAGAAGAGUUUCAAGUGUCCCAGUUCAACUACAUGAUGGAGGUUGGGCCACCCACCACCAAGAUGUACCACUUUACGGGCACCAUUCCUCUCAGCACAGGGGAGCGUGUUCCCCUCUCCAAAGACAAUCUUCUUCUGAGGGAUUGCACCCUCAGAAACACAGAUUACAUAGAAGGAGUUGUUGUUUAUGCUGGUCGAGAGACCAAAGCCAUGCUAAACAACGGAGGAACAAGAUAUAAACGGUCACGGUUAGAACGGAGAAUGAAUCUUGAAGUGAUAUGGUGUGUUGUGAUCCUCUUCUUCAUGUGCCUCAUCUCUGCCACUGGCUCUGGACUCUGGCAGAGUCAGUUUGAAGUGAAUGCCUCACAGGGGCUGGUACCGUUCCUGUUGCCUCAGGCAACUGGUGCCCCGCUGGCCAGGGCCCGUCAGCUCAACAGUCCUGUCUGGGUGGGCUUUAUCAGCUUCUGGACCUUCAUUAUCAUUUAUCAGGUGAUCAUCCCCAUCUCACUGUAUGUUACCAUAGAAGUCAUCAAACUCAUGCAAGUGUACCAUAUCCAUCAAGAUAAAGACUUUGAGGAUAAGAGAAGUGGCAAAACCAUAGAAUGUCGAGCCCUGAAUAUCCCUGAAGAGUUGGGUCAGAUUGAGUAUGUGUUCACUGACAAGACUGGAACACUGACUGAAAACCAGAUGGUGUUCCAGUGUUGCUCUAUCAAUGAUGUGGACUAUUCACACACACCCAUCAUCAACACCUCCAGCUCCAGCAGCAGUCAGGGCUCCAACCAGCAAGAAACCUUUGCCCUGAACUCACAGCUUCAGGAAGAACUGUCUGCCAUAGAACUGCCACUUAUUUAUGCUCAACCACGCCAUCACCAACCUCCUGCUGUGCCACAAAACUCACCCCAGGAGAGGAUGAUAGACUUCUUCCUCACUCUGGCAGCCUGCAAUACUGUGGUUGUGGCCAAGCAUCCCCACCAUGACCAGAUGAAUGCCAGUGGGAUGAUAGUGCCAAGUAACAGUGCCAAUUCAAGUGAAGUCGACAAUGCCAGCUUUACUUCCAUCAUUUCUAAUUCUUGGGCACCAGCCAAGGUGUUGAAGGGAAUGUGGCCUUUCCCACGGCCGCUCUCCCCAAUUGCCCCUUCGCCCCGCAGCACCCCACCCAGAACCCCAGAGUCCUCACCUCGUUAUCCUGAGUCACCUUCCAUCAACAUCCACAUGAAUCCCAUACCUGUGCAAAACCCUUCACACCACUCUCUUGACCCAAUGCCAGAGCCCUCCAACACCUCUCCUCCCAGACCCACUCUCCUCAACAUUCAGCCUGAACUCAGCUACCAACAGUUGCCCUCGGUCACUCCUCCACCUCUUGAUAUUAAGCCCAUCUAUGAGGCUGAGAGUCCAGAUGAGUUGGCUCUGGUGGAUGCUGCUUACAAAUAUGGGUUUCGCCUCUUAAGAAGAUCUCUGCACAAUAUUCUAGUAUCCAUCCCAGGCCUUGGCCUCUGUGAAUAUGAGGUGCUUCACGUGCUGCCAUUUGACUCUAACCGGAAAAGGAUGUCCAUCAUUGUGAGACACCCACACACCUAUCAAAAGAUUCUCUACUGCAAGGGUGCAGAUUCUGCAAUCCUUGAUAACUUGUCUCGAGAUGUGGACGAACAAACAAAGCUGCGAGUGUUUCGCACUCAGCAGCACCUCAAUACUUACUCCAAGCUUGGACUGAGAGUCCUGUGCAUGGCAAAACGUGUCCUGAGUGACUCUGAGUAUGAAUCUUGGGCAGCAGGACACAGUGUGGCUGAGAACUCUCUGGGUGGCCGGGAACGCAAGCUGCAUGAUUCUUACUGCAGGAUAGAAAAAAAUCUAAGUUUGUUAGGUGCUACAGGGAUAGAGGAUCGGCUGCAAGACGGAGUGCCGGAGACUAUCCAAGCAUUACGCAAGGCAGGGAUAGUUGUAUGGGUGCUCACUGGGGACAAGCAGGAGACUGCCAUUAACAUUGCUUAUUCUUGUGCACUCUUCCAACCUAACAUGGAGAUCAUAAAAUUGAAUGCAAGAACCAAAGACCAGGCAGAGCGCACCAUCAAUUUUUUCUUGCAACAAAUCCAGCAGCAGGAAGAGUUGAGGGAACUCUCUCAGGUCAAUGGAGAAUGUGUGCCUCCAGGUGGCCAGUCUUCUGCUCCAGCCAAAGAGCGAGGGCUUGUGGUGGAUGGAAGGACUCUUCUAUACAUCUUGGAUCGACGAGCCAACCUUAAAAAGAAAUUCUUAAGUCUGGCCAAGCAGUGCAGUGCAGUUUUGUGUUGCCGUGCCACACCGCUCCAGAAAGCACUCAUUGUGCGUAGUGCCAAGGAUAGCCUCAAGGUGCUGACACUGGCUGUGGGUGAUGGUGCCAAUGAUGUCUCCAUGAUCCAGACGGCUGAUGUAGGAGUCGGAAUCUCAGGACUGGAAGGCAGGCAGGCUGUGAUGGCUUCAGAUUAUGCCAUUGCACGCUUUCGCCAUCUUGAGAAGUUGUUGUUGGUGCAUGGCCACUGGUGCUACAACCGCCUUGCACGCAUUAUACUCUACUUCUUCUACAAAAAUGCUUCCUUUGUGCUGAUUUUGCUGUGGUACCAACUAUACAAUGGCUUCAGUGGAAGCAGCAUGAUAGACCAAAUGUACCUGAUGGUUUUCAAUUUGUUCUUCACUUCCAUACCUCCCAUUGUUGUUGGAAUAUAUGAUAAAGAUGCUCCUGAGGAAGUGUUGCUUGCUGAGCCUCAUCUCUAUUCUCAAGGACGCACCAGUUCUGUGUAUCAGCCCAGCUCCUUCUGGUUCAAUAUACUGGAUGCACUCUACCAGUCUAUUAUCCUCUUCUUUAUUACUGCAUUGUUUUAUCAAGAAAGAACCACAGGAAUGUACGAGUUUGGGAUGACAGUGACUCAUGCCUGCCUCCUGGCUCAGUCACUCCAUAUAGCAAUUGAAACGAAAGCAUGGACUGUCUUACACAUUGGUAGUCUGGUUGCUUCUCUCCUACUCUUUUAUAUUUUUGGAGCACUCUACACUGCUACAUGCCGUGCAUGUAUGGGAUCACCCAGCCAGUAUGGAGAACUGGGGCAUGCACUCGCUACUGAAGUACAUUGGCUUGCUGUUAUUCUGACGUCCAUCCUUGCUGUCCUUCCCAGGUUUGUGGUGCGAGCGUUGCAGUGCUCCCUGAAUCCUGAUGAAGUGACUCAAGCCUUGCUCCAGCACCGCUCAUCGAGACUGAUGGAUUUUAUAGUCUCCUGGUCUGCCUCCACAUCAACAUCCUCAACUUACAGACCUGGUGUCCGGCACAAGGAAGGAGAGGAAGAGGAGGAUGUGUCUGAUCCGUACAGCUCUCUUGUCACCACAACCACUGUUGUCACUACCACUGAUGAAGCUGAAGUAUAGCACCACUACUCAGGAAACCAUCUUGGCUGUGGAAAUAAUGAUUAUUUGUUUCUGAAAGUGCUAGUGACAAUUAUGACAACUAGUUGAAAAUGUGUGAAACACUUAUAGGAGAAGUUCCUUAUGAUCAUGUGAAAGUGAUAUCUCCUCCAUAACACAUUUCAGCUAUGGCUGUUGUCCUUACAAUGUAAGAAAUAGUCAUGUGGCAGCCUCUUUAUGAAUCAUUAUAAAAGAAUAGCCAUAACAAUGGUACAGUUACUUGUUCAUUCAACCAUAACAUAAUUGUGCUUACCAGUGCUAUUGUAAAUAACUAUACAUAGAUCUGAGUGAGUGUCCAGAUGAAGAAAUAAUUUAUUUUUGUGAAAAUAAAAAAAACUUAUCUAUAUGAUGAAACCUCUUGUGAUAACUUGUGCUUACUGCUGUCUCUGUGUUAAAGUAUUCCAGAAGUGGAGUAAUUCAGAACACCACAGUAAUAGAAGAUGUCUACAUUUCACCCCAUUGCUACUUAUAUGGUAUCACGUAUAAGGAUUCCAUGUCAGAGCUUCAGUCAUGCCAUAUAAUUUAAAAGAAGCACUUAGGUAUAGAUUGGCUGCCAGUGUUGUGGUCACUCACCUGCUCUUAACGUUCACUCAUUGAGCUUCCACAUGAAGGAAAGUGAUGGGUGCAUCAGCUCCCAUACAAGUGCUAGGAUCCCUUGAUGCUAGGCAGAGGCAGGCCACAUGCAGAGCCAUCUUGCCUCUUUUGUAGUAAGGACCUAAGAAAUGAGGGAAAUCAUACUGGGCUUUCAUGAUACUGUAUAUAAGUGAAGUUAUUUUUUAUAUGAAGAAUUCAGAUUAUUGAGAUGGUGUGACAGAAUAAUCAUCAGGGAAUGUACAUAUUGUGCAGUUAUAUUUCUGUUAAAAUGGCUAUUAAUUUAGUGUUUGUUUCCCAAUGUGGGAUGGAACAAUCAGUAUUACAUUUACAGUUUGUUUAAUAUUCAGAAUGAGAUAAAACUGGAUGAGUAAUAAGGGAAUGUACAAAUUAGAUAGACCAGUAUAAUAGUAUUGGUCAGACAAAGUAAUUAAACUUAAAAUUUAAAGUGAAUACAUGCAUAUCUACUAGUUUAUGAUGUUAAUUCCAGCUUUGGCAGAGCAGAUGUAAGUAAUAAAUUAUUGUAGAUUUUAGACUGUCAGUGCUUGUUUCUUAAGAUGUUCAAGAUGUACCUCUCAAUCAACAGAGAAUCCUAGUGAUGAAUUAUAGUAAUUGCAUACUUUUUAUUUAAUCUUUGAUAAUUUCUUAAUCUUUGGUAAAUUUCUUCAUAUCCUUUGUGCUGAAUUUUCUGGUUCAGUGAUAAAGUUCUCCUUUGUUGUUCCAUUGAUAUUGUAAAGCAUCAUACAUUGUCUAUAGAAUCCUAAAAGUUUAAAAGUUUAUUUUUCAGAAUCAACAUAAUAAUUCAAUUAUUUUGAUUUCUUUUUUCAAGUACUUUUAGAAAAAAAAAAAAAAAAGAAGAAAAGGAGAAUGCAUGUGUACAUUGCAAAGCAUAGGUGAUGAGUGUGUGUGUCAUGGGUGUAGCUCCUUCUCACUUGUUGGCCCUGCUAUGUCACCUAGGCCUGCCUUACCACCUGACUUGAGGAUCAGGUUUCUGAAUUCAACACAAAAUCUAUUAGUCUACAUCUACAAUUUAAGAGUUCUUAUUUCAGGUUUCUCUUUUUGUUAAGAAUCUUGAGAAUCUUGAAAAUUGCAAAUCAUGAAGAGUUAUGAUUGAAAUAGCUGGAUUUGACGUCAUGCACCUGUAGCAAAAAAUACAGUAAUAUAGUUUCUAUAUUAAUAUUACUGGAAAAACUGUAAAUAGCAAUGAAACUAAAAUUUAAUUAUUUAUAUGAGUAAAGCACAGUGGAUGGUAUACAAAGUUGAUCCCUGUUGCUCAUCAGUUAAUGAAGAGAUCCAUUUCUUAAUAAAGUUAGUAAUAACUGCCAUUCUUAAUAAUAUAACAGGAUAGUACUGCCAUAGCCAUCCUUACUGUAAUUAUCCAUCCAUUACCACUGUGUGUCAUGUCUUGUUGCAACUAUCACCACUAUUACUGCUACUGCUAGCCUCUUCCACUUCUACUGUUAUAAUUACUAUUAAGAAUAAGAGAAAACUUCAUCAUAAAUAACUACAAUUACUACUGCUAUAUCAUGACCACCACCACUACUAACAUAAACACUGCUAGUGGCAAUGCUUUCACUACUAUUACUACUACUUUUACUGCCAUUACUGUAAUUACUAUAACUACUACUGAAAGUUCCACUAUCUCUGUAUUAGUAUGUACAACUAGUCCUGCUAAUGUUUUGUUACUGACUCUUAUUCACUCAUCAAACUUUAAACAAACAACCACCAGUAUAGAAAAUCACCAUACCAUUACAAAAAUUACAGUAAGCCUGGCCACUAUGCUGUCAACACCAUCACCACUACUGUUUGUUAGUGUAUAUUUCUGAUCCUCUUUAGGAACUCUCUAUUAUCAUUAUUAUUAUUUUGAUUAAUUAAUUAAUUUAUUUGUACUUUUACUUUAUUAUUGUUUUAUGUAUGAAAGCUCUGCUUUCCAUAGGUUGUUGUCCCUCAUAUUCUUGAGUAUGUUAAUGUGGUACUUGUGUUUGUAUGUAUGAUAUGCAGGAUUCACUCAUUCUUUGUGUGUAUGUAUAGGGAUUGAAAGCAAUGAAUGGUAAUGCCUUAGUAGAGAUGAGUAUAGAUAAUGCAAAAUUGGAUUCAAAGUCAAUAUAGAUUUGUUUACUGAUGUUAUUUUCCAGGUAGAUGAUAAAAAGUACUGUCAUUCAAGUACUUCAGUACUAUUUGUGAAAGGAAAGGCUAGUCUAGUAAAGAGAUGGUUUAUGUGAAAAAAAAAAAAGUUGAUUUUGCACAUCAUUGAGCUCAUGCCAGAAAUAAGUUAUGACAAAAAACAAUUUAAUACACACACAAAAAAAUUGUAUUAAUCAAACCCCUUACACACACACACACACACACACACACACACACACACACACACACACACACACACACACACACACACACACACACACACACACACACACACACACACACACGGGGCUAUGAGCCCCGCCUGAAGCCUGUAACACAAUUAGGUAAAUACACACUUGUGUGCGGAAGAAUAUAUAUGACAGAGUGAGAGCACAGUGAGGAAGUGUGAUAGUAGUAAAACAAGCCUAAGUCAGUGAGGAUGGUGCAGUAAUCCUGUCACUAACAUUCCUAUAUUGUAUGGAGAAAAUAGUGUUAAUUGUGUUUUUUACUUUUAGGUUUUUGAACGCAUUUAGUUUUGUUAUGUGACUGUCACACGUUUCUUUAUUUGAGGCGAAUCUUCUUUUUUAAGUAAACAGAUUAUAUUUUUUUGUCAUUUUCACCAGAAAAUACUGCAGCACAAAGUCUUGACUUAUGAAAUAAUUAGAAAAUACUUUGAUGGCCAUAAUAAAUAUUUUGCUGUUUU